AGGGUGCUUCACUAGAAAGCACACAUUAUUUCUACUGCUUCUCUUUCAAAGAUCAAUGGCUUCUUCUUCUUCUUCUUCAUCUUGGUGUGUUUUCUUAGUGGUUUUUCUGGGUUUGGUUGCAGCUGGACUAGGACAGGAUCAAGAUAGAGAUGAAGAACCAGGCCUUGUGAUGAACUUCUACAAAGACUCUUGUCCUCAAGCUGAGGACAUUAUAACAGAACAAGUCAAGCUUCUCUAUAAACGCCAUAAGAACACUGCCUUCUCUUGGCUCAGAAAUAUUUUCCAUGAUUGUGCUGUUCAGUCAUGUGAUGCAUCACUUCUGUUGGACACUACAAGAAGGACUUUGUCAGAGAAAGAGACUGAUAGGAGCUUUGGGUUGAGGAAUUUCAGAUAUUUGGACACCAUUAAGGAAGCUGUGGAGAGGGAGUGCCCUGAAGUUGUUUCUUGUGCUGAUAUCCUUGUUCUCUCUGCUAGAGAUGGCAUUGUUGCGCUUGGAGGACCAUACAUACCACUUAAGACAGGGAGAAGAGAUGGGAGGAAGAGCAGGUCUGAUGUUGUGGAGCAAUACUUGCCUGAUCACAAUGAGAGCAUUUCUUCAGUUCUUGACAAGUUUGGUGCUAUGGGCAUUGAUACUCCUGGAGUUGUUGCUCUUCUUGGUGCACACAGCGUAGGAAGGACACAUUGUGUGAAACUAGUGCAACGUCUAUACCCAGAAGUGGACCCAGCACUGAACCCGGACCACGUGCCGCACAUGUUGAAGAAGUGUCCGGACUCAAUCCCAGACCCAAAGGCCGUGCAAUACGUGCGCAACGACCGUGCCACGCCCAUGAAACUAGACAACAACUAUUACCGUAACAUUCUUGACUCUAAAGGACUCUUGCUCGUCGACCACCAGCUCGCACAUGACCCGCUCACGCGCCCGUUUGUUAAGAAGAUGGCUAAGAACCAAGACUACUUCUUUAAAGAGUUUGGUCGUGCCAUAACUAUCUUGUCUGAGAACAACCCGCUCACUGGUUCAAAGGGUGAGAUCCGGAAGCAGUGCAAUGUUGCCAACAAACACCACUGAACAUUUUAAUCAUGUUCACAUUUUGCAUUUGCGCAUAUGUUGGUAAUAAGUACUGAUGUCAUGCUCUGUGUUUUUGGCGUUGGUAUUGGUACUCAUGUUGCUUUGCUUUUCCUAUUGUCAUUUUGUUGUUGCUGUUGGUUUAAUUGGGUUCCUUUUUUUUUUUUUGGCUAUGUUUAUGAUGUAGUUGAUGCUCUUCUUUGUUGUGUAAAUUUAAUAAGAAUGGAGAAGAGUUUAUAUUUAGAAAUUUGGUGUUAUAUAUAUAGGGCAAG